AUGAGAGCAGAUAGCAAACAAUCCUCAUCUCCCGGUCUCUCUCUCUGGGAGAAGAUCGAUCUCUUCCCUGCCCUUCUCACCGUCUUUACGUCGACCCUCUACGCCUCUGUUACGGGCUUGUUUCGAGGCAAGAACGGCACAAGGACCUAUCGUUUCCAUCUAUUCCGUCAACUUCUACAAACGGGCCUUCAACGGCUGUCGCUUAGACAGAUUCAGUAUCUGACCCCACCCACGAACAAAAACUAUGAGGACUGGUCUAUCAGGGAGCAAGUCCAGCCGGUUACAAUCUCUUUGAACCACGGCGCCUUUGGCCACUGGGUCGGUAAAAAAAACGCCAAAAAGGUGGUGGUUUAUUACCACGGAGGCGGCUUCGCACUCCCCAGCACAGCUGAACAUUUCGGCUUCUGCACAGAGAUCCUCCACUCCUUCAAUACAACGGAUGACAACAUUGCCUUUUUCUUCCUUACCUACACAUUGACUCCGAAAGCCGUGUAUCCUACUCAACUUGCCCAAGCGGUUGAUGCCCUGCGCUAUAUCCUGACUACCCGCAAGCCAUCCAACGUUCUUCUCGGUGGUGACUCCGCCGGCGGGAACCUCGCUCUCACUGUCCUUAUGCAUAUCACCCAUCCGCACCCUGAAAUUGAACCUCUCACCAUCUCCGACGAUGAGGAGGAUAGGUCGCUAGCAGGCGUGUACGCCAUUGCGCCUUGGGUUUCUUUCCGCACAGACUGGCCCUCAAUCAAAUCAAACCAUUACAGCGAUAUCAUUUCGGCCGCAAACCUGGACAGAUGGUCCUCCGGUUACUUGGAUGCGCGCAACGGUGAAAGUGAUCCCUGGAGCGAGCCGUUGUCAGCACCUGCGGAGUGGUGGAGGGAUGUCAAGACGAAAGCGCUGUUGGUUACGGCUGGCGGGGAUGAGAUUUUGCUCUCGCCUAUCGAGGCGCUUGUGGAUAAGGUGCGGUCCUCAGGGACCGAGGUUGAGUUUGUGGUUGGUGACAGGGAAACCCAUGCGCCGAUGAUGUAUGGUGGCGGAACAGAUACACAGCAGGGAAGGGCGAUAGAGAGGUGGUUGGCUGGUCAGAUUAGCAAUUAA